GAACUUAGCGCUGGUGCGAUGUUUCCAGCCGGGGAUGUUUGCGGCGGGAGCACCGCGGGGGUUUCCGGCCGGGGCGGUUUUGGCGGGCGCCGACGGAAGCGGAAGUGGCGGCGGGGCGGGAUGGAGGAGCCCGAGAUGCAGCUGAAGGUGAAGAAAGUGACGGACAAAUUCACGGAGAGCAUGUACGUCCUGGCCAACGAGCCCUCUGUGGCGCUGUACCGGCUGCAGGAGCACGUGCGCAGAUCGCUUCCAGAGCUCGCACAGCACAAGUCCGACAUGCAGAGCUGGGAGGAGCAAAGCCAAGGAGCCAUCUACACCGUAGAGUACGCCUGCAGUGCCAUAAAGAACAUGACUGACAGCAGCGUGUACUUCAAGAGCAUCGACAGUCUGCUCAAACAUGCCAUAGCCAUGAAGGAUCAGCUGAACGCUGCUCAGGGCCGCAGCGCUGUUGCCCCACAAGCCAAGAAUCCUCCAGCCAGUUCCUGAUUUUAGACAAGACUGGCCAUCCGCUGCUGCCUUCUCCAGCACAGCUCUGUGUUCUCCAACCACGGGGAGGAGUGAGAAACCACCUGUUCAACCUGUGAAGUUGCACAGAGGCCUCUGCCUGCCUCUCUGUUCCCAGUAACAAGGUGCUGCACUUGCGCAGGCAAAUCCUGCUGCUGGGGUCAGGGCUGCCUUUGGGGGAGUGCUCUGGGGAGCAGUUGUGUCCCUUUUCACAGCACUCUGCAAAAGGGAGAUGUGUGGUUCUGCAUUAGUCCUUUCCAGUUCUUUUCAACGGCAGGCUGCUAUGAGGCGUUUUUCUUUCUACCUCUUGGCCACAGAAAUAUCUCAGAAAAACUAGGUCUUGCUUUCAGUGUUUUGUAGAUGGCUGUGUAAAGACGUAACGUAGGCACACUUCAGCUUUGUUCAGGAGGCAUUCUGCAAGGAAAGUUUUUUGUGUACGUGCCAGGGAUUUGCUGAAUUUGGUUUUAGUGAGAACAAUAAAAAGAAAAAACGAAA